AUGGUGUGUCCGUGGGAGAAUUUACACUUAUACUCCAGUUUGUCUAAUCCUUAAAUUCCGAAAUAAUUAUUGGGUUUAAAACUCGAAAACAAAUUCAUAAUUAUUUUUGGAAUUUAUACAAAGCAACCUCCUCUUCUAGAAUCUGUCCUUUUUGUCGACCUUCAGUUUUCCUCAGAGCGACUAUUCGUGCCGUUUAACUGCAAAACCCCACUCCAAAUCUCUUCUUGCGUCCUAGAAGAGGAGAGUUCAGAUCAUUCAUUCCUGCACGCCCCUACCGCAUCUCAAUCUACCAUCAUUUCCACUCCGUCCAAGUAUUCUCCUCAUCUAAAUCUGAGGUAUCAAACAUACAUUCAGUUUCUGGAGCGUUAGAGAAAGCUACUCUGAGCACCAAAAAUCUACAUCAAUGGCUUCAGAAUCAACUGAAGCCACCAUGAAACCCUACAAACUUGUGCAAUCUUUAAGCGGACAUAAACGUGCUAUCUCCAGUGUAAAGUUCUCACAAGAUGGGAAACUAUUAGGAAGUUCAUCUGCAGACAAGACUAUUCGUCUUUGGUCCACAACAGAUUUUUCACUCAUCAGAGAGUUUGAGGGACAUGAGCAAGGGAUAUCUGAUUUUGCAUUCUCUUCGGAUUCUCAUUAUAUUUGUACUGGUUCAGAUGAUAAAACUGUGAGGAUAUGGGAUGUUCAAACUGGUUCACUUUUGAAGACUUUACAUGGACAUACGAAUUAUGUUUUCUGUGUGAAUUUUAAUCCUCAGUCUAAUAUGAUUGUUUCUGGUUCGUUUGAUGAGACAGUUAGGGUUUGGGAUGUAAAAACCGGAAAGUGUUUAAAAGUACUUCCUGCACAUUCUGAUCCUGUUACAGCGGUCAACUUUAAUCGAGAUGGGUCUUUGAUUGUGUCUAGCAGUUAUGAUGGGUUGUGUAGGAUAUGGGAUGCAUCAACAGGUCACUGUAUGAAGACUCUUAUUGAUGAUGAGAAUCCACCCGUUUCCUAUGUGAAGUUCUCUCCUAAUGGGAAGUUCGUUCUCGCUGGAACUCUGGAUAAUACACUGAGGCUAUGGAACUUUUCAACUGGGAAAUUUCUGAAAACAUACACCGGUCAUGUGAAUUCAAAAUAUUGCAUAUCUUCUGCAUUUUCUAUAACAAACGGGAAGUACAUCGUCAGCGGCUCGGAGGAUAACUGUAUCUACUUGUGGGACCUUCAAACCAAACAAAUAGUUCAAAAACUGGAAGGUCACUUGGACACUGUUAUCUCAGUUAGUUGUCACCCAACUGAAAACAUGAUUGCAUCUGGUGCACUUGGGAAUGACGGUACAGUGAAGAUCUGGGCUCAGGAGAAAGACUAAUUGCCUGUUAGCAUCUUGUUGCAUAUGUGAGAUAGUCAUUGCUGAAUUAGAGAUUUUGCUGGUAGCAUGUUGAACAAGGGAUUUAGUGCUUUCCUUCUCAGCUGUUACCAUGUAGUCGUUUCACUGUUCAUUAUGGUGAUAAUUGUUUUAAAAAAAUAUCAUAGGUAUGUUUGAGUUUCAUGGUGAUUAGUUAUGUUGUCAUCAAGGCGUAUCGUCAAUACUGUAAGUCUGCAACAAUGAAAUGGCAAUCUAUUCUUUGUCUCUGUUGUUGUUGUAAGAUAAUGGUGGAAAUGCCUUUAAAACGUGUUCAGAUCCUUCUGGAUAAACAAUGAAACUUAUAGUUCAGUUCA